UCAAAUCCCACACCAGAUUCCAUCUCUGUUUACUAACCCGGAAUUUGUUCAUCUUUGAAACCCUUCCUCAUUUCCUUCCUCAUCAACGCCCAAUUUCGAUUACAAUUUCUGAUUUGAUUUGGGUUUUCAAAAAUGGGGAAGGAGAAGCUAAUGGAUCAGAUCUUCAACAUGAAGCUUACAUCCAAAUCACUGGUAAGGCAAGCAAAAAAGUGUGAACAAGAAGAGAAAUCCGAGAAGGCGAAAGUGAAGAAGGCAAUCGAGAAAGGAAACAUGGACGGCGCAAGGAUUUACGCGCAGAAUGCAAUUCGCAAGCGUAAUGAACAGCUCAAUUACCUGCGAUUUGCAUCACGGCUUGACUCAGUAGUUGCAAGGCUUGGGAGUCAGAACAACUUGCAGAGCGUGGAGAAGUCAAUGAGCGGAAUUGUGAAAUCUCUUGAAGGGGUAUUGACGAUUGGGAAGAUGGAGAAGAUCUCACAGACUAUGGAUAGGUUUGAGAAGGUGUUUGUGAAUAUGGUGGUGCAGGGGAGCUUCACUGAGAAGGCAAUGGCAGGGACUACAUCUUUGUCCAUACCAGAAGGAGAGGUGGGUUCUUUGAUGCAACAGGUGGUUGAUGAUUAUGGGUUGGAGGUGUCCUUGAAGCUCCCUCAAGCUAGGACUAUUAGUAAUCAACAGGCUCUGGGAUUGGUGCCCAAGGAGAAAGGGACUAUGAUCUCUCUUUCUGAAGAGUUGAGUAGAAGAUUGGCUGAUCUGAAGUCAAAAGGGUAGUCUUUGUUAGUUUCUUCUCUUUCUUCUUCUGGUUCAUGAUCUGGUUUGGUUAGGUUAGGGCUUUGAGUACAUUCUCUUUCGGUUUUGGCUAUUACAUUGAGAGUUGGUGACUUGGAGA